UGUUGGUCGCAAAGUUGCAAGUUCCGUUCCGUUCAGUUUCUCUGUUCUCGUUUUUGUUCUUCCGGUCCUUAUUGCUCGUUCGUUCGUGACGAGAGCCUGUCUUGAUAUUCCAACAGCCAUGUCGCUUGUUAUACCAGAAAAGUUUCAACACAUUCUCCGUAUAAUGGGGACAAAUAUUGAUGGCAAACGGAAAGUGAUGUUUGCCAUGACUGCCAUUAAAGGUGUUGGCCGAAGAUAUGCCAACAUCGUACUGAAGAAGGCUGACAUUGAUCUGGACAAGAGGGCUGGAGAAUGUUCAGAAGAGGAAGUGGAGAAGAUCGUUACAAUCAUGUCACACCCACGUCAGUACAAAAUCCCUGAUUGGUUUUUGAACAGACAGAAGGAUAUUCAAGAUGGUAAAUAUUCCCAGUUGACCUCAAUGAACUUGGACAGCAAACUUCGAGAUGAUCUCGAAAGGCUAAAGAAGAUCAGAGCCCACAGAGGAAUGCGUCACUAUUGGGGCCUGCGUGUGAGAGGUCAACACACAAAGACCACUGGCCGAAGAGGAAGGACUGUUGGUGUAUCCAAGAAGAAGUAAAAUUGUCUUGGAUGUUUUGUUACUAUUCUUUUUUUUUAUUAAAUUACCAAAUCAUUCUAUUUAAUAAAGUGUGUUUGGUGAUUCAAUAA